AUGAGUUUCAAUAAGAAGGAUUGGGCUGCAAAGUUGGAUGAUGCCUUAUGGGCUUAUAGGACCGCAUAUAAAAUGCCAAUUGGAGCAUCCACGUACAAGCUUGUUUAUGGUAAGGCAUGUCACUUGCCCGUUGAACUGGAACACAAGGCAUAUUGGGCCAUUAAGAAGCUGAACAUGGACCUUAAGGCCACAGGCGAGAAAAGACUUAUGCAGUUGAAUGAGUUAGAUGAGUCCAGGCUGCACUCUUAUGAAAAUGCUAAGCUAUAUAAAGAAAAGACAAAAAGGCUACGGCUAUUCCCUGGGAAGCUAAAAUCGAGAUGGUCAGGUCCUUUUGAGGUGGUGAGAGUCACUCCUUAUGGUGCAAUCGAGCUACGAGCUUUAAAUGGUGAGAGGAAAUUCUUGGUGAAUGGUCAUAGAGUCAAGAAUUAUUGGGGAGGAAUGAUUAAUCUUGAGAAGAUCAAGGUUGUACUCGUUGAUGAGUAA